AUGUUUACAAAUAGAAUCGUGGCGUUGCUUCAGCGUGCCAAUAGAAGUGAUAAGCUGGAGUUGCAACCUCUUUCUAUUCUUACAAGUUGCGCAUACGGCAUAUAUCGUCUGUCAUGUGUAGAAAGCCCUUUUUUUGGCGAGGCUGAGAAGUUAUUGUUGAAAUUACCUUCAGCAGUCAUGUUCUCCAUUUUGUAUCAGUUGCGUAGCGACGGACUGAGGAAACUCUUUCAACUGGAGGAGCAGGUGGCUAUGAAUGUUGGCCUCACGCUUUUGUUUAUCGUGGAUGAGGAGCGCCGUCAGACGUUUCUCCCUGCCGGCGACACGGUGAUUGUGAACGCUAUUUUGCGUCGUGUGCUGAGACAUGCUGCUCAAUUGGUUAAAAAAAUGGAUGAGACAUGUGAGGAGUCUCUUUUAGCUCUUGCAAACAAUACCUCUUCAACCGGUUUCUCCCCACUGCCGUGUGUCGGACGAGGGGAGGUUGCCAAUUCCCCCUCCAUGCAAGAAUGUGUGGCUAUCAUGCAAAACAUUGCAUUUAGUUCGCCUACCUCCCGGCUGGAGAUGUUGUCGUAUCUGUUGCGCAUACGGAGAAAACCCGCGCAUUACACAAGGAGUGAGCUGCAACUGCUUCCUGCUUUGCUACAAACAGUGUCAAAUGUCCGCUUGCCAGAGGCACGGAUGCUCGAGACGAAAAUUAUCGCUGAAGUUCCGAUUCCCGAUGACGACCCUGUACUUGUAGCACAACUUUUUAGCAUUGCCGCAUCCAAAGAGGCGAGGUAUCUUGCUUGUUUGGAUGCUGUGGCGGCUGAAGGUCUCACAGAGAAAGCUGCUGUACAUAUCAUUAGUUGUGCUGGUGUUUACCUUCGGUGGGAGACGCUUAAACGCCUCACCGCAGUUGUCUUGGAAAAAGAAAUGUGCUCCACAUCACCAUCACCAUUACCAUUAAGGCUGGUAUUGAAUGGUGCAAUGGAAUGCAUUUUGACGACAUUUGUGACCCGCUUAGCGGAUUUGGCGCCGAGUGCUGAAAGAGAUGCUAUACAAACGUAUCUGGCUCAGUUGGUGGAGCAGGUGGAUUGGGUCGGAAGCACCCCGCCUGAUUCAGCCAAGUUGGCGCUGGAACGUCUCACGCUGCUCAAAAAACUCUCAGGUUGUGGAUUUCAUAUACGUGCUCCAGAGGCUGUGAUUGCACUGGGAGAAAAGGCACUCGAUCUUGAAUCUGGCAGUAGCAUGAUCAACACCCUUCAAUGCGUGGUGGAGGCGCUAUCAUUGUUGUCUGAGGUGGAACGUCGCCGCGAUUUGGUAGUGUGCAUGAUUCACUAUAAUGGUACUAGAUCGACGUCCUCAGCGAUACGUUUUGUGGUGUUAUUGGCCCCCUUGGCUGUCACGCACGGGGUAUGUAAUAGCGAGUUGGUGCAGUUGCUUCUUAAAAUGCAAACACUGAAUCCCUUCAAGUUGCGCCAGGGUUAUAUUGAGGGGUUGCUGAGCGCCGAGGACGCAUUUACGGUGUUUGUGAUCCACGCGGUCAACUACCUUUUGGCGAGUGAGGAGUGGCGCACGUCUGCGGACCGAAUCCGUGAGGCGGUGACGCUGUGGAUCCAGGAGUACCUCCAUCACGUGAUGCAUCUUUCCCGGAAGCAGAAGAUGGCAUGUAUAACGGCGCACAAUGACGGCAAAGGCGAGGCUUCCCCGCCCCAUGAGGAAGAGGACAUGGAGGCAACUGAAACUGAGGCCCCAAGUCCAGAACGUCUUGAAGAGCUGUUUUCUUUGCUGUUGCGUGCAGGUGUAAAAUUGCCUGAUUUCUUUGCGUCUGAGUUGACUGCUCGCGUACGAGAUAUAGAGAGUGCAGGGGCACCGGCUGGUGAAAGAAGGGGCAUAUUGCAUUUUCCUCCACCAGGACACUUUGUUUUUUGCUGCAAACUUGACAUUGCGAUGGACUCUCCCCUUUCCAUGGAGCUUUUGGAGUACCUUCUCACGACGUGUGACUGUCGCAUUUUGAACUUUGUCCUCACGGCAUUCCUUGUGCAUGCCAAAGCUACAUCGCGGGAUCCACACAUAUUGCUGUUGACAAAUCUGCGUCUGGUUUUCCAGGCACUCAAGCUGUUUCUGCGUCGCCUCGAUGUGCUAGGCGAUGACUUGUCGACGGCCUUUUUUCCUUCCUCUGCGCCGUCUGUGGUGGCGAACAGCGUGCGCUUUAUUGUGGGGUUCCUUACCAAACAAGAACGAAACCAGCGUGUGCUUAAAUCUCUUCGCUGCGCGCCUUCAACGGAAGAACAAAAGGCGGCAGCAGAUAACCAUGUGGAGCUCAUAGCUGAACUAGCAAAGGUUGAAAAAUUGCUGUUUCGUGCCCUAACGUAUCUCAACUCUGCGCACAUGAAGGAUAUGGCUUUGCUUUUAUUAGACCGCUUGACUCUCUUGGCUCCUUCCGCUGCCGACUAUUUGAUGUUGCAGCUGCAGAAUCAAUUGAAGGAAUUUACGCAGGUGGAACUUUUUUACCUUGCGCUGAAGUACCCGCCGGCGCAGGAUAUUGUGAUGAAGGAACUUCAAAAGUACGACAUUGCUCUUUCCGUGGAUCUUAAUGAUUUUGUGCGAGUUGCGAGAAAUCUUCCCAUGGCAGUGACCAAGAUGGUAAUUGAGGCACACUUGCCAACGCUUACCUUUCAAUGGUGCACGCGAGUUUUGUCCGCACUUGCCCUACGACAUGAAUCGAUCCCCAUGGAACUGCUGGCAUCGAUGUUGGGCAAGCUUGAGGAGGAGGUUGAAAAUGCAACAGUGAUGGAUCGCAAUGUUGCACUUGUUGUGCUGCAAAAGUAUCUCAAUUAUGGGGAUGCUGAGGCAGAAAAUAACGUGCCACCUUAUCGACGACGGCUUGUUGAACGCUGCUGCGACAAACUUUUGGUGUUAGAGGAGAUUGACUCACUGGAUUCUCUUUCCAGUUUUUUGGCGACUUUUCCUGACGCCCUUGCAGAUGUGAUUGGGGAAGCUAUCACGGGGCGCGUUGUGUCUGCCGUGCUACCGGCACUAUUGGCGGACGUGGACAGUCUCAUGAUGCUAUGUCGUCUUCUGCAAAAACAUAAAUUGUUGAAUUAUACAGUACGGCUGAAGAUUACAGACGCUUUUUUUGGGGAAUUGUUGCACGCAGAAGAGAGUACCAAAACAUCGUCGCCUGCAUCGGUGUCGUACCCGUUGGGGACUGUCUUGGGCUUGGCCUUACUGUUGAUUGAGGGCGCCCUUCAGCAAGCUCCAUUACACAAGGGAGAUGACCCAGGAACAGAUGGAGCAAACCAGGAUUAUCAGACUGUCAUUUGUAUUUUACAAGCUGUAAGGGCGCGAUAUACAUCGUUGGCGGAUCGCUUGUUGAUUGUAAGCACACUGGUGGAACAAAGGGACACCGUGGGAUUUGCAUACACACAGGCUACGCCUGCAGAGGAGAUGACUGCUGAAUUGAUCAAAGUCUGUGACAAGAUGACUUCUAGUGAAUUUUCCAGACUUCUACAAUGCAUCAGUCGAAUGAAAUGUUGGCAUCUUGUAAAGCUAGAUCGUGGUCACUUUGGGAAUGUCUUUCAGAAGACCUGUAGCGAAGCAGAUGCUCAUAGUCGCUGCGUUGCUUUUAAAGCUCUUUCAUCGGAUGUGGAGCUGUUUCGUUAUUAUGAACCUUUUAUGAUGUCGUUGUUGGGUGAAGUUGUGGAGGUCAUGUCUCAAGAAGAUAUGGAGAUGGUUCUCUCUGCGGUACUUUCUCUGCAGCUUACAGAGGCAUUGGAAUCCCUUCUUGACACCAUUGGAACUCGUGUAUUGUCCAUGAUGGAUCAGUGCAGGCGUAGUACCUUGAUUCGCAUGCUGCAGUGCCAUGCUGCCUUUGGUCUUCAGGACGAUGCCCUUGUAUUGCGUCUUCUUACAGCCUUGGAGGAGCAGUGCACGCGUGAGACACGGCUGGACACGUCGCAGGCUCUCACACUGCUUCAGGCCACGGUGGACUUGGAUGUUCCUAUUCCUUCAAGGCUGGCAGUCACCUGUUUUGGUUGGUUGGAGCAUCACGUGGAUGGAAUGACCAUGGCCCAAUUGGGCCACGCCGUCCGUCUGGCGGUGGAGGUGGAGAUGGGUUAUACGGCAUCUGUGCAUGCUGUGGCAAUGCGAGCGUUGGAGCAGCGGGAGGCCCUGCGGACCAAUGCGACAUUUCGUGAAUCAGUGGAGUUGCUUUGUGACGAGUUUAGUGCGGAAAUACCAUGGCAUAUGAGGCCCACUCUGCUGCGCAGGCGAUACCAGGAGAAGAGACUGAAAGAUUACGUUAACAAGCGACGAUCCCUUGUAUCAGAUGAAUUGAACUAA